AUGUCAGCACCAGUUUCGGCAGAUCGAGCCACGGAGAACAAAGGGCCUACCACCCUUGGGAUUGUCACCUCCAUGUCGAUACUAAGCACCCUCAUCACGGCAGCAAGACUCUUUGUAAGGGGCAAGAUUUUGGGCAAAGUCCAUCUGGACGACUACCUGAUCGUUGCAUCUGUGAUAUGCGGUUGGGGCAAUGUUGGAACCGCCAUUGCCGCCGUCUCCUACGGUAAUGGGCGGCACUUUGACCUGCUGAAUCCCGAGCAAAAGUCCGGCGCCAUUCUCUGGACCAUCGCCGGCUUCCCCUUCGGCGUCAUGUCUUUCGGUUUACCCAAGCUUGCCGUUGUCUCUUUGCUCAACCGCAUUAUGAACCCCACAAGGAAGCAUGCGAUAUUCAUGUGGUGCCUGUCGAUCUUCUGUCUAUCCAACCUCAUCGGGUGCAUCAUCAUCCUAUUCGCCCAAUGCGAACCCUCGCGCUCGCAAUGGGACUUCUCCAUCACUGAGAAGACGUGCUGGGACAGAGAUAUACUGGUUUACUUCGCGAUAUAUUCUGGAAUUGUUUGUGCUAUUGUCGACCUUUACCUUGCCGUGUACCCUGCCUGGGUGCUUGCGAAGCUGCAGAUGAGCCGGAAGAAAAAGAUUGCUCUGAGUACUGCUCUAGGCAUCGGAUCCAUCUCUGCGAUCGUUGCCAUAUACAAGUGUACUCGACUUCCAAGUCUUGCCAGCCCGGACUUUUCAUAUGACACCUCGGACUUGGUCAUCUGGACAAUCGUCGAAGGCAGCACGAUGAUCAUCGCCGCCUGUAUCCCCGUGCUCAAACCGCUCGUCGAACUCAUAUUCGGCAAGAGCUUGCUCAGCUCCGGCGGCGCUCGCUACACAUAUGAGAAUUAUGGCUCGGGACCCAGCGGCCAGAUGAAGUCUGAUAUUGAAAUGAAUGGCUCCCGUAACGCCAAGAGACGUGCAAACAAGUCCGAUGCCGAUGUCGGCAGUCUCGGAAACAGUACAGAGACGACAAUGCCAGCGAAUGGAAGCCAGGAACUCAUCCUCAACCGUCAAAACACGGCAGGGAUGAUCGUGAGGACUGAUGUCUACAGUGUCUUGGUUGAGAAGAAGCCAUGA